AUGGGAUGUAGGCAAAGCUCUGAGGAGAAAGAGGCAGCGCGGCGGUCCCGGAGGAUUGACCGCCACCUGCGCUCUGAGAGUCAGCGACAACGACGUGAGAUCAAGCUCCUACUCCUGGGUACAAGCAACUCUGGCAAGAGUACUAUUGUCAAGCAAAUGAAAAUCAUUCACAGUGGUGGCUUUAACUUGGAGGCUUGCAAGGAAUACAAACCUCUAAUUAUCUAUAAUGCCAUUGACUCCCUCACACGCAUCAUUCGUGCUCUAGCCACCCUUAAGAUAGAGUUCCACAAUCCUGACAGGGCCUAUGAUGCUGUGCAGCUUUUUGCCCUGACUGGCCCAGCUGAAAGCAAAGGAGAGAUUACUCCUGAGCUUCUGGGAGUCAUGAAGCGGCUCUGGGCAGACCCCGGUGUGCAGGAGUGCUUCUGCCGAUCCAAUGAAUACCACCUAGAGGAUAAUGCUGCAUACUAUUUGAAUGACCUAGAAAGGAUUGCGGCACUGGACUACAUCCCUACAGUGGAAGAUAUUCUGCGUUCUCGGGACAUGACCACAGGGAUUGUGGAAAAUAAAUUUACCUUCAAAGAGCUAACUUUCAAAAUGGUGGAUGUGGGUGGACAGAGGUCUGAGCGCAAAAAAUGGAUCCACUGCUUUGAAGGGGUUACAGCAAUAAUUUUUUGCGUGGAGCUGAGUGGAUAUGACUUGAAGCUGUAUGAGGAUAACCAGACGAGUCGAAUGGCAGAGAGUCUGCGUCUCUUUGACUCCAUUUGCAACAACAACUGGUUUAUCAACACUUCCCUCAUCCUCUUUCUGAAUAAGAAAGAUCUUCUGGCAGAAAAAAUCCGGCGCAUCCCGCUAACCGUCUGCUUUCCUGAGUACAAGGGCCAAAACACUUACGAGGAGGCAGCAGUCUACAUCCAACGCCAAUUUGAGGACUUGAAUCGCAACAAGGAGACCAAGGAGAUUUACUCGCACUUCACCUGUGCCACUGAUACCAGUAAUAUCCAAUUUGUCUUUGAUGCGGUGACAGAUGUCAUCAUUCAGAACAAUCUCAAAUAUAUUGGCCUCUGCUAA